AUAUGACGUCAGCUCCCGAGAGCGUCGCCUUGGCAACUGCUUGAAGCUGUUUGUAUUGAGAAUAUCAGUUCUAGCUGUCAGGUAACUGUCGUGGAGUCAACAUGAGUGAUCAACUUAAAUUCAUUGUUGAAAAACUCAACAAGGAACCAUUUAAGAAGAACUAUAAUUUGAUAACAUUCGACUCACUGGAACCAAUGCAGCUGUUGCAAGUGCUAAAUGAUGUUCUUGCAGAGAUUGAUCCAAAGCACUCUGUGGACAUUCGGGAUGAAAUGCCUGAUCAGACAGUUAAAAGAAUGUUAAACAUUCUUGGAAUCCUUAAAUACAAACCUCAGGCAAACACAGGAGACAUGAGUACAUUUCGGCAAGGAUUAGUUGUUGGUAGCAAACCUGUAAUUCAUCCAGUGUUAUACUGGCUGCUCCAGAAGACUAAUGAACUAAAGAAGAGGGCUUAUUUGGCACGAUUUUUGGUCAGAUUAGAAGUCCCAACAGAGUUCCUCCAGGAUGAUAAUGUGGCUGAAACGAAUAAACAGUAUGAAGAAUUAAUGGAAAACUUUAAGAUUCUUCACAAAGAAUGCGAACAGUUGAAAUCGUCAGGACUUUCUACUUCAGAAAUUAGAAGGGAUAUCAGUGCAAUGGAAGAGGAGAAGGACCAGCUAACAAAGAGGGUAGAGCGUCUUAAAAAAAGGGUGGACACAGUUCAAAAUCAUCAGCGAAUGCUUGAAAUUGCAAGACAGUUGCGGCUUGAGAAAGAACGUGAAGAGUAUCUAAGCCAGCAGAAGCAGACACUGAGAAAUCAGCUGGAUAGCGCGGAAUUGAAGUUGCAGAGAGCACAGCAUCAGCUGAAGAAUAUGCGCCAGGCUGCUGCCGAUGCAAAACCUGAAGGCCUUAUGAAAAGACUUGAAGAAGAAAUUAAAUUUAAUUCAUACUUGGUUUCUGAAAAGCUUCCAAAGGAGUUAGAGAGCAAAAGGCACACCUUGAGUUUGCUGCAGAAGGUUGUUAAUGAGCCAGAAAUGAGUCUGUCUGACCUUACAGAACUCGAAUCCAAGAUUCAUGAAGUAAAUUCAGAAAUCAAUCAACUGAUUGAAAAACGAAUGAGAAACGACCCAAUGGAUGACAAAGUGUCUAUGUUUAGGCAGCAGGCAGCUAUAAUUGCACGAAAGAAAGAAACCAAAGCUGAAGAAUUGCAGGAGGCAAAAGAAGAGAUUGCCAAUUUAGAAAAGGAAAUUGCACAGAAAUUGAACCAAGCUCGUGAUAUAGAUGGCUCUGAAAUUUUACGAGGAGAUGAGUUUAAACGUUAUGUCAGCAAGCUUCGUGGGAAGAGCACUGUGUUUAAGAAAAAACGUCAAGAAAUGGCAGAACUGAGUGCAGAAUGCGGAGUCCUGCAGAGAACGGAACAAGUUUUGAAGCACCGCCAUGACCACAUGCAGCAACAGCUGCAAACAAUGGAACAAAAAAAGGGUAUUUCUGGCUACAGUGACACACAAGAAGAGUUGGAAAGGGUAUCUGCCUUAAAAAGUGAGGUGGACGAAAAAAAAGGACGGACUCUUGAUGACAUGUCUGAUAUGGUAAAGAAAUUGAAUUCCAUGAUUGCAGAUAAGAAGACUGCAUUAGCACCUGUUAUUAAAGAACUGAGACCUCUACGUCAAAAACGUCAGGAACUGACCCAGGAGUAUGAUGAAAAGAAGGCACAGUAUGACAGCUGUGCUGCCGGACUGGAGAGCAAUCGUUCCAAGUUAGAGCAGGAUGUGCGAAGCUUACAGGAAGAGUGCAGCCAGGCUGAAAGCCAAUAUCACUACAUCAACUUGAUUAAAAAGAGCAUUGAAAUGCAAAUCAAGCGCACAGCAGAUGAAAUGAAAGCGUAUGUUUCUCCAGAUUCACAGGAAAGAAGGAAGUCAAUCAGAGAACAAUAUACAAGGAAUAUUGCUGAGCAAGAGAAUUUGGGAAAGAAAUUACGAGAAACUCAAAAAUCUGUUCGAGAAAGCCAUGGCCUAAAUAUGAAACAAGUGAAGAUGUGGCGUGAUUUUGAGAAACUUAUGGAGUGUAAAAAACAGUGCUUUCUGAAGAUACAAAACCAGGCAUCACUUGGUCAGGUUAUUCAAGAGGGAGGAGAAGACAGGCUUAUAUUAUAGGUCAUGUGCAUUCAGGAUAAUAUGUAUGUGGUUUAGAUUAAUCAUUCCAAGGUUUAUUAUAAAUGUUUGUUAAAUAUUACGUUUAUAUCUUUUCAGCAUUGUGACAUGUUUUUUUCCAGUGAUCUGUGAACUGUGUUCAGGCCUCAUUGCCAGUGGAAGUUAAAUCUCAAUUAAUAAUUAAAGUAACUUUGUUUACUAUAGGAUACAGCAUUGGGUGUUUGAUUUUUUCCCCCUAUUGCUACAUACAAUAAACUGAAUUUUGCAAGAAACAUUUGAGGUGUAGUAAAUCAAGUUGUAAAUGAGGAGUUGUAGUUGCUUAUUUUGUUAGGAAGUGUCAUAUACAGUUACCUUAAAGGGACACUAUAGUCACUUGAACAACUUUAGCUUAAUGAAACAGGUUUGGUGUAUAGAGCAUGC